AUGAUUUUUAACAAUAAUAUAAAAAUAAAAAUUAAAAAUAAUCACCUGGAAUUUUAUAUUUUACAAUUGUAAGAGAGCUACACAAUACACUUAGUUACAAAUUUUAAUUAAUUCAUUGAUUAUUAUUAUUAAAGUUAUUUUAGUCGCACCAAUGAACAAAACUAUUGGGAAAAAAAUAAUUAAAGAAAAAAAUGAUAAUUAAAAAUAAUAGUAGAUUAAGUACAAGAGAUUGGAAGGGAAUGGUAUGAAGCCAAUUCAAAUUUUUAAAUUUUUAUUUCAAUAAAAAGAUCUCCGAUCUUUUUAAAAAUCUCGGAUUCGUGAUUAGUUGGCUCUCGUGGGAGAUAAUUAUAAUUAAGUAAUAAUUAAAAUUAAUUAAGUGUGUACUCGAUUUAUCAAUCUCUUAUUUCUUCAAUGUCGUGUUACCCCUGGAUGAUAGAUUAAUUAAUUAAUUAAUUAAUUAAAAAUAGUUAAGGAAAUGAGUGAAUGAUAUUUGAAUAAAUGAUUAAAUAUUAAUUAAUAAUUAUGGGGUAAUGACAUUCGUAUAAUGUAAGAGUCCAAUAAAAAAAAUACGUUCUUACACGAAAUAAUAUUUUUAAUUAGUUUUAAUUAAUUAAAUAUUAUUAUUAUUUUAUAAAUAUAUUUUAAUAAAUUAAGAAUUUUAAUUUAAAUAUUAUUUAUUAUUUGUAGUAUAUGACAAUUGAUAAGCGAUUUUUUUUUUACUUUUAUUUUCGCGUUAAUAUGGAGUCUGAUGGUAAAUUAAGUGAAGUAAUUAAUAAUUGCGGUGAAGAUGAAUUUAAUUGGAUGAAAAAUGUAAAUAUCCGAGGAUUAAUUGAAGAAAUUUUUAAAGAUUUUUUUGAAGACGUGGAUUUAAGUGAAGUCGAUACUGAGGAGUUCGAUAAUUAUAAACAAUCGAUUGAAGAAAUAAAUAACGCGAGGAAAAUAAUCGCUGCUGGAUAUCAAACUGAUAAUGGAGAUGUAAUUAAAUCAGAUAAAUUUAUUAUUAUUUAUCCUGAUGACUUGGCAUUGAUUAAGAAGAAGUUACAAGUGGAUAUGAUUCCCAAUAGUAGGGGAGCUGAAGAAAAUUUAGGGGAGAGAUCACGUCGAGGAAGAGAAUUGAAAAUAAAAUCGAGUAAUCGAUCAAGUUUAACUCAACCGGUACGCAGUAUCCUGAGGAUAAUGGAACCGAAAAAAAUUAUAGUUGCCACGCCGGUGGAAAUUAAAUUUAAUAAUUACCAAUUAAAUAAACUCUACAAAAAAAAAGCGGUAAUUAAAAAUGUAAGUAACGUUUUAGCAAGAUAUCAAGUAGACAAAAGACCAGAGGGUUCUAAAUUUCGUGUCUUAAUUUCUACAUCACGAGGAGAAAAAGAACAUUUAGCUCCUGGAAUGCAAGCGUUUGUAAUUAUUUAUUUUGAAUCGGAAUUUCCGGACGAGUUUACAGAACAAGUAAACAUUCGUGUGCAAAACGGAAAAUCAAUUGCUAUUAAUCUUCAUGCUUAUCGAGAUUGUCCAGUGCUCGAAAUAACGAAUAUUUAUGAUCCAUGUUUAUGUCUGACUUCGAAAACUUUAACGCCGACAACUGAUGUCACCAGUGAAAUUUUAUCAUGGAAUAAUUAUAAUAAAAAUAUAGACAGUGAUAAUUUAAAUUGUGAUCCAAUGAUCGAAACAGAAUUAGAAUGUGGAAACUGUUUUGUUGGGGAAGAAAUAAAUAUUAAAUUGCAGGUAAAAAAUAAUGGAGGUGAUGGUAAAUUUUUUUUAAUCAAUGAAAUUGAUUGGUAUACUAUGGAUAUUAAUAACAUUACGGAAGACAAUGAUGUCAUGUUGAGUUGUUUUAAUAUUUCGCCUGCUUAUUUUACACUCAAAAGAAAUGAAAUAAUUAUUUUAAAUAUUUUUUUUACCCCAAGUACACAUGGAAUGCAUGUUGAUAAGCUUUUAAUUAUAUGUGAUAAUUAUUCGAUUAAAUUAUUAGAUAUACUUGGCGAUGGAAUUUUAUUUGAACAAGAUUUUAUUCAGUUUAAAUACAAAGAAAACAGUAACGAUGAACGGGUAAUUGAUAACUGGCUUAUCGAUUUAGGAGUAAUUGAUUCCAAUAAUAAUUUUGUACCAUUUAGCAUUACAAAUUUAUGGUAA